AUGGCGGAGGUUCCGUAUAACAUGCUAGACGAGGCAAUAAGAGAUUCAAGCACGAAAUCUUGUUCAGAGGAGCUUAGAGGCAUUAGCAGUAAAAGAAAGAUCACGUCACCGAUGCUUACUCCAAAAGUCGAUAUCAACAGUAAUGGUCAAGUCAUUUAUGAGAAAAAGAAAGUGACCCCUCAUGAGAACCAAAUCCAGAUUUUCGUAUUCGUACUACCCGAGCCUCCUCACGCAAACCUAACAACAGGCGUCGGGCUCAAUCCGGAGCGACAUCGCAAGAUCAACAGCAGAGAGCUCAUGGAAGACUUAAAGAGGGUUAAGGUGGUCGGAGAGGCAUAUACGAGCAAGGAAUCUAGCUGCUGUGGAUGGAUACAUCAGAAAUUGGGAGAUGCUCGACUAAAAGUUUGGAAGAGAAGAACUAAUAAAGGUCAAGCGAAUUUCUUUGGAGAGUCUCACGAAGGAUAUGUCGGUGGAGUAACAUCAUGA